AUGGCGAUGCGACUAGGUACAUCUAAGCGCUUACUCACACGCUACACGAAAAAAUUGGAAGCAGUCAUCACACAUCUCAAGAAUGAAAGGUUGGAAACGCGCACGGCAACUUCACAAGAAGGCGAAGUACUUAGGGAAAGCUUACGACAACUCAACGAAGGAAUAGGUGCAAUAACAGCGUUUACGGAGAAAAUUGAAAAACUCUUGAUGGACUAUGCCACAGAUGUCUCAAGCUUGCAAGACUUGGACGAACAAGAAGUAACCAGCUUCGAGGAGUAUUCCGCAAAGGCGGAAGAAACUCUUGCCUCCGCAUUUGACUACUUAGUACUCUUACAGUCACGCAGACAGGCAUACACGGUAUGCACGUCUCGUGCAGGGGAAGCAAGUAACACGACACUGGAAGCUGCGGAAGGAACUACCCCGGUACAACCAAGGCCAGUCAACCUUCUCGUACCACUGGAACUAGAAGAGUACCAGUCUGAAAACACAAAGGAAGCAGAUGCGGGUGGUAGUGAAAUCACACCUACUACGAAGGAAACAACUACGCAUCCGUACAACCUUCGUCCAAAUCGUAAGAAAAACUAUGCCGAGAACAUCUUGAACACAUCAAUACUACUUGUCACCAUGUUGGGACUACUAAUCACGAAUGAUGGAGUGAGGGGACAGAAAGUACGAGACCAAGUAGCGAAAAUCACCAGAUUCAUAAAAUGCAUCCCGGGUGGAGUACAACUCGUUUCUGAAGUACAAGUACCUUAUCAAGUAUGCGCUGAGGACUUUUGUAAGACAUUUGACUCGCCACACUACAACGAAACAGUAAGGUUCCCACCUAGUAUAGUGCUGCAUGAGCACAAGGUGCAAUGGAAACUCAGCAUCAAUAACGCUAUAGACAUAAUGGAAGCAAUGUGCCCAUCAGCACCAUUUUGCGAAUCGGUGGAUUGUCUCUUCUGUGCCUCACUCAUCUUCAAUCCAGAAUGCUGGCCGGUUGGAGCGAUAAUAGCGCUUACAGUGCUUCUAUACUUGAUAGCAACGGGUUGCUACGCUCUACUGUACGUUCCUCUAGUAAUAGGCAAACCUGUACGACUGCUGAUAUACAGCAUCUACCUACUAUUACGUCAUCUCAUCAAGUGCUGCAGAAGGACACCAGACCAACCAAGUCAUGAUAGAAGAAGAAGGAGAAGAUCGAUCGAACUGACUAGUUUGUUGGCCAUUUUUACGAUGAUGAGUAUGCACGUAGGGGUUGUGCACGGAUGCCAGAUGGUGAACAUAUUCAGCCACACAUCCACCUUGUGCACAAAUGAUGACAAAGGCCAAAUCUGUAAAGUGCAAGUUUCUGAAGUGUUCAAGUUGAAUCCGUUCAAAAGGGAAGCCUGUUUCAAGUUAAUGCACAAUGAAACAACAAUCCACCAGAUACGGGCCUCCUGGAAGAACUUACUUCUCACUUGCGAAAAGGUCACGGACUAUUUCACUCGCGACACAAGUUAUGAGAUCAUAGACAGUAAGCGUUGUCCGCAUGUAGGGUCGUGUGUCGGAAGCAAAUGCGCCCAAAUAAACAGUACCAGUCUCAUACCCGAACUCGCUGUGGGGAACGGGUAUCCAGGAAACACGUACUGCGUUGAAUCCUGUGGCGGCCCGGGGUGUGACUGUUUUUACUGGAGCUCCGGAUGCCUCUUCUAUCGGAUUUACCUGAAACCUGUCUCUUCGACAGUGUUCGAGGUCUUUCACUGUAAUCGAUGGGCACAGACAGUGGCCAUUGAUUUCACCCAUUUCGACGCCAAAAGUGGGAAAACAAACGAGUUCACAGCUCUAAUGCUCCCUAACGUACCAGUCCAAUGGGAAAGCUUUUCUCUCACACUCAGCUCUGUGAGUAUGGCUCCAAUACCUCUGCUCCAGUCUUCAUUCAUAUCGAAUGGCAAUAACACAGCUCUCUGGGAUAAUCAAUUAAAGCCCGCUCUACGCUGUCCCACAAGUAAAGCGGCAAGAACACUACGGUGUGAAAUAUUUGAGCAGUGUACGUGUAAUCCCGCCGAAACGAAGGCCAAUUGCAAUUGCCUGAAUGUGCCGAUACUGAAGCAGUUCGAGGAUUUGCAACGACGAAUGCCCGUAAUUUUACCAUCAAUAACAUUUGAGGAAUCAAUCCAUGGCGUCAAGGCAAUCGUUCAGAAUAUGCUUUCGACAGAAAUAAUCGUAACUCUUCAAGAAGAUCUACGCACUAACCUCGUCGUAGACAACGACAUAUGUACGGUGGAGAACACACAGUUGAUAGGAUGCUAUAACUGCGAAAAGGGGGCUCAUGCAAAAAUCAAGUGUUUUUCCUCUCGGUCAAGUAAAGCAGAAAUCAUAUGUGAAAGAACAAGUUUCACGGCUCCGUGCGGCAAACAAGGGAUCGAGUCAAUCAUGAGAAUCAGCCCUACUCAAGCAAUGGUUCGCAUGAAGUGUUCGGUCUCAUGCGGACAAGUCGUCACAGCAUUUGAAGUCGGAGGAAUUCUCAAAUAUACUGCAACUUUCGAGGCAAUGUUCUACAAGUGGCUUACGAGCAAUCGCGAAAGUGCUUCAGCCGAAAUCAAGUGGCCUGACUUCUACCAUCUAUUUGAUGUAUUCAGUCAAUGGUAUAAAACGGUACUCAUCGCAGGAAUCACACUCAUUGCUAUGCUAGGAAUAACCUAUGUGCUCAUUGCGACCUGUGGACUUAGAGGCGUUAUCAUCCUAGCAAAACUCAGCGCCGCUGAACUCGACGGGGAAACAACAUUCUUAAAGACGAUCCUGGGAAUAGCAAGCCCACAAGCGGAAUUCCUGGAACCCCAGCUCCAAGCCAUCCUGAAAUCGCUACACAAUCAAAAGAAAGUAGCGACGACGCAGAGAACACAAUGGACGUCAUUGAUGGGCGAAGCAAAUUUUUUGCAGUCAUCCACAAACGAACAACUUAUGGUAACCAACAGAUGCCUACGAAGCGCGACGCAGACCAAGGAAAAGAUACUACGACUCGGGACAUGGUACAUCCUCACGGAUAGGAUCUAUGACCGACAAGUACAGGCUAAUCUCAUACCGAGAGGGCGGCGAUUCCAGUGGCUGGAAAAAGGAAAGAAACAAGAGUACGAUGUCAAUGCAGAAUCAGUGCUCAAAAUGGUUCAAAGCCUAAUGAGCUUCACGAAAACGAGCAUAAGCAUGAUGGAAGAUCAUCUAAACAAAGUCGAGAGGCAAGUGAAUGAGAGCGAGGAAGCAAAGCUUGCAGUUCAAUGUAAACAACUGAAGGAACGCAUCCAGGAAAUAGAGCUCGACUGGGCAGAUCAAGUGGAGCGACUCGAAAGAGAAAACAGAGCACUAAAGGAGAAGAUCCAAGAACAGUACGAAGAUAGGCAAAUGGACUGGAGUGCUGAAGUUGAAGAAACAACCAACGGCAGUCGAGCUGAGAACAAGGAACAAGAAAAAGAAAAAGGCCCAGAGCAAAAUGAUGACGCAAUGGAUUGGACGGCUCCAACCGAGGAAAUAGCAAUAAUCGAUCAAGCCGAUGGCGAUAAAACAAAGGAUGAUGACUAUGAAGAUGACAAAUCAGAAGAAAAUAUGAUGGAAACAACAUUUUCUACGAUCGAAAAGUUGAUGGACCAGGAGGAUAGCAGCGAAAGACAAAGAGAUUACCAUCAAUUCCGCGUACUGGAAGAUACGUGA